AGAGUCCUCUAGGAACAGGGCAGGGACGGACGAACCAGGCUCGGGGUCAGAACGUUUAUGUAACGCUGCUCUCUAACACAGUGUUCUGGUGACCAAGUGCAACAUGUCAGAAGUGUUAAAUGAGUGUAGUUGUGUGCGUCCGACACAGAAAUGCUAACUGCCAACAAAGUGUGAUAUGGAAGUAUAGGCGAACGGCUCUGCAAAUAGAAAUGAAACAAAUGAUUUAAAUAUAAUUCACUGAUAUUGUAAUUACGUCAACCGAAGGUCAUUUUUAAUCAAAGUCUGUGCAAAUAAUUUAAAACUAACACAAAAAUGUAAACGAUAUAAUCUGACGCUUGUUAGAUAUUAAAAAAAAAUAUAUAUAUAAAAUGAUUUGUCACUGUAGGUUUACAAAACUUUACUUUUGAAGACGAGAGUGCCAUCAAUUGAAGAACGACUGACAGAGAGGGCAGUGGGCCUCUUACAGCUCAUUUAAAGUGGAUUUAUAUGUUUGUCCACUGUCUUCGCAGCGUCAGGUCCUCCGAAAUCCACGUGUCUUUUGGUAAUCUGUUUUAUUCGGUGAUAUUACGUUGUUAAAAAUAAAUUGUGAAAAAAUUCUUAGGCCUAUCCUUAUGUCACGUUGGUAAGAACUUAAUACACUUCCUUCUGGAAGUAGUCCAGAAAAAGAAACUCCGUAAUAAAUAUAAAUGUCGCUAUCAGAUUUAGUUGUGAAAAAAAAUAACAAUUGAUGGGGCAAAAGUGAAACUAGUCAUUAAAGAAUACAUCUAGACUAUGUAAUGUCCAUAGCGUCCUGAAACAAACCGAACAAUUUGUAAUCUUACAUCCCGGAUUGUCCGAACUUCCAGCAGUAACAAGUGCCGCCGUAACAAUGAAAAAGCAGAACUAGAAACACGAGUCAUGGAGUUACACCGAGAUGUCAUGGCGGAGGACGAAGACGAUCAAGAGAUUAAUGUAGACACAGACAGCCGUUGCAGUGCCACAGCAGAUGACGAGAGUCGCACCAGCAGCUUCGUGGAUGGUGGCGUUCAUAGCUGUAGCGCUACCGGAAGCGACGGAGGAGGGUCUCUGUUAAGCCCUGGCUCCGAACAUAAUAACCAGGACACGUCUCCCCCCAACACGUAUCAUCACCUGCAUCGGAGGAGACUGGUGCACCACGACGGGAGGAGCCUGACGCCCUCACCCCCUCCCAGUAGCGCCUCUUCAGCAGGACAAGUUCUGCCGUUCAGUAUAUCACGACUUCUGGGCGCGGAUUUUGAGGCGAACAAUAACAGUCUGAACAGUAGUCGACAGGUUGGUAUCCCAGAAGACGCUGCGGAAAAAGCAUCGCCUUCUUCACUGCUGCAUCCCCAAGGACAGAUUAUCUCGCAGCAUGAAGCAAUCACAUCUCUGUACUCUCAUCCGGCGAUUGUGCAGUUCAGUGGUACCACAACUUCCGGUGUGCGGACAAGUACUUCUGGCGGUUUGUGUCCUGUAUCUACAGGCCUACCAACUGCAGCCCUCGCUGCCGCAGGACUAGUUUAUAAUACGGCUGCAGGAGUUAUACGUGUACCGGCACACAGACCAGGUCCACCCCCGCCCUUAGGGGGCCCAGCUGGGGGUGGUACCACGGCGGUACCUGCUCUAGCUGCCCCGUUCCCGUGGCUAGCCGCCGCCUCCAUGGACCCCACGUCGCUGCAGAGGAGCGCUGUUGCUGCUGCCUUCGCAUCUCAGGUCGUGAAGGAACGCCUCACAGCCACCUUCCCCAUCACGAGGCGCAUAGGACACCCUUACCAGAACAGGACACCCCCAAAGCGGAAGAAGCCGAGGACUUCCUUCACCCGCCUGCAGAUCGCAGAGUUAGAGAAACGCUUCCACAAACAGAAAUACCUGGCGUCUGCAGAGCGGGCGUCGCUCGCAAAGACGCUCAAGAUGACGGACGCUCAAGUCAAAACUUGGUUCCAAAAUCGACGCACUAAAUGGAGGAGACAGACAGCAGAAGAGAGAGAGGCUGAGCGGCAAGCAGCCAAUAGGCUUAUGAUGUCCCUGCAGGCAGAAGCACUUAGCAAGGGGAUGUACCACACGGCAGAGCGAGGCACAACGCCGGGGGAUACAGCGCUACAUCUGCACCACCACGCGGCGACCGGGGCAAACAACACUUCUCUUAGCGCCCUGCAGAACCUACAGCCUUGGGCAGGCGGCGGUCCGGCUCCCACCCUGCAGCCACCACCUGCAGAUCAUCACCAUCAACCGCCUCAACCUCCACAGCCGCCACAUUACAGCAUAAAUCCACCUCCGCUAGCCUCACCUAUAUGCUAAGCAAGCCUGUGAUUCAGUUGCGCACUGUUGAGAGACGCACCCCGUCUUCUUUUUAUUACAUUCGCGACAGACUGGACUUCCCGGAGGCAUGGAACCGACAAGCAGAACACACGAAGAGCAUAUAACGACUGACAAAUACCUCUGCCGUGACACAGAACACUAAAAUUCAGCCACUCACAAUCAUGUACCACCCUUUUCAUUCAUACUCGAUACUCACACUUGCCCUACCGUAAUUGUCUGUUUCCACUAAUAGUGUUGAAAAUAAAGUCUAAGAAUUAUAGAUAUGCUGUGACACUGGGACAGUAACUAUUGAAAUGCCAAUCAUGGAACAAAAACGGAGUGUUGAUUCUUGAAAUUUUCAGUAGUCUAUAAAGACGAAUCUGGUAACAUUUCUUUCUUGUGCCCGAAUUUCACACUCGUGUUCUUUUUGUCUGUUGCAAGCAAUGUUGAAACCAUUUCUAAUAUGCAAUACACAUGGCCCUUCUCCUAUUGCCUGAAACAGGGUUUUACUUCUAGGACCUCCCCUCGGGUUAGAGAUAUUUGAAGCGAAUUAUAUAUCGACAUUUAAGGACAGAAAUAUUGAAGAACUGCUGAGUGAUAUCUACAACAAUUUGUUAUUAAUAAUGACUUAGCUAUUCCGUUGUAUGUUAACUAUCCAGCAACUAAGUAGUUAUAUACGAAUUUUGACUAAAUGACUCCCAGCUAGAAGACUCGGUCAAUUUCGUUGUACUAACGAUGAAUUAACUUGGCACUCAGAAUAUGUUAAUUCUUAUACAUUAUUAGCACCGUAAUUAGAACUUUGUUAUAUUAGACACAGAUAAUUGCUAUAAAUAUUGUA